AAAGCUCUUAAAAUGCAUGCAUUAUAAAUAAGAGAAAAUAAUGGGAUUAAUGGAAAGUAUGUUUAUUAGACGGUUUGCAGUGAUUAUGAUUUUUACGAUGAUUACACAAUGUAAAGGAACGGUGCUUCUGACAACUGACAAACAGUAUGCGACUUUGUAUGGACAAAUAACACUUACGUGCAGUGUUAAUAUGGACGGUGCUAACGACGUUAACUUCAAAAGAGGCAGCUCUAAGCUCUUUCAACUUGGCUCAUGUGAUAUAUUUGAAUGCCAAACCGUAAACACGACAAAAUACAAAAUAUUAAAGAAUACCCAGACAAAGAAGUUUGACUUGGUUAACUUAACGAUCAAUGACUUCAGAGAAACUGACAGCGACAACUAUCACUGUGAAGUGGUGAACAAUGGAGACUCUGGAUCCAUUUUUUUAACUUACACAGCCGUCCAGAAGCUGUCGUGAAGUGGUACUUAGAUGAUGAACAAUUAACUUCCGGAAUAGUCACAGUCACUUCACAAGAUUCAAC